AUGAGCCCCCCUCAUCCCCACGAAAAUCCGUACAAUGCCCGUCAAGGGCCGUAUGGAACACAAUACGUGGUGGCGCCGCCUUUCACAGCGACUUCCCCGCCAGGACAACCGCCAUUCCAACACCCCAAUCCACAUGGUCAGUACGAGUCUUUCGCCAACAUGUUUCCGCCCGGCUCCAUCCCGACAUCCGCGCCUCCCGGUUAUCAACAACAUCAACAGUUGCCGAAUAACUUUACACCCGCUGGACAAAAUGGAUAUCCACAAAAUUUUUAUGGUCAACAACAGUGUGAUCCUAACGGAACGAUACCAAAUUCGCAGAAUCCACAUGCAGCCUUCUGGCCACAAAUGGGUAUGCAA